AUGACAAAAUAUACAGAUAUUUUGUUUAAAAUUUUAAUGAGUGGAGACAGGUUUAAUAAAGUUUGUUUAGAAUUGGAAAAAGUGCAGAACCUUUUUGAUUGUAUUAUAAAUCAUAUUGAAACGUUAAAGGAUUGUUCAAAAUUGGUGGCUAAGAUUGAAUUAAUUGAUUGUAAUAUUCCUUUUACUUCUUUAAAUGAAAGAGCUGAAAAAAUUGGAGAGGAACUUGCCAACGGAGCUUUUAUAAAUACAAAAUACCAACUUUCCAGCAAAUUCAAUCCAAAAAUUAAAUUCUUGUUUUUAUGUAGGAAACAGUUGGAAGAAUUUAAUUAUAUAGAAAUUAAACGAAUUUAUUGUUAA